GGUAGCAGGCGCUACGUGUGCCUGAGAAAAAUGCAGACCCUUAAAAAGGAACAUGGACCUGUUGACACAAGUAGCAAUGGGGACAAAAUCAUGGUGCUUAAAUCUACUUUAGUAGAAGUGUCUGAAGAAUUGUCUGCAAAUGUAGAGAUGCUACUCACUGAAGCUAGUGGAAAAAGCAAAUCAACUUGCCGGAGAAAGCGAGAAUUCAUUCCAAAUGAAAAGAAAGAUGCUAUGUAUUGGGAGAAAAGGCGGAAAAAUAAUGAAGCUGCUAAAAGAUCUCGUGAAAAACGGCGUCUGAAUGAUCUUGUCUUAGAGAGCAAACUAAUUGCGCUGGGAGAAGAGAAUGCCACUUUGAAGGCAGAGCUGCUUUCUUUGAAACUGAAGUUUGGUUUAAUUACUUCUGCAGCCUAUGCCCAAGAGAUACAGAAACUUGGUAGUGCAACAGCUGCAUAUUUUCAAGAUUAUCGAAGUCCCAAAUCAAAUAUUAACUCAUUUGUUGAUGAACAUGAACCAUCUAUAGUUGGUAGAAGUUAUAUUUCUGUCAUUAAACAUUCUCCUCAAAGCUCUAUGUCUGAUAUGUCUGAAAUAUCAUCACUAGAGCAUACUCAAUCAAGUUGUAUGCGAAAAAACUGCAGAAGUCCUGAAAAUAAGUUCCAGUUUAUAAAACAGGAGCCCAUGGAAUUAGAGAGAGAGACAAGAGAUGGCAGAAGUUCACAGAAAGCAUCCAUAUAUCCACACUACAUGGGAACUACCUUUAACAUGUCCUCACAUUCUCCUCUCUUCCAAGUCAAUAGGUUGUCAAGUAAUUCCCCCAGAACUUCAGAAACUGAUGAUAAUGCAGUUAGAAAGUCAUCUGAUGGAGAAGAUGAACAGCAGGUUCCUAAGGGUCCAAUCCAUUCCCCAGCUGAACAUAAAAAUAUUUGUGCAACAGUUAAAGUUCCAGAAGUGAAUUCUUCAGCUUUGCCUCACAAGCUUCGAAUUAAAACCAAAGCCAUGCAAAUUAAGGUGGAAGCAGUAGAUAAUGACUAUGAUGCUGCACAGAAACUAUCAUCACCUAUUGAUAUGUCAUCAAAAAGACAUGCUGAGCUUAAAAAACACACUGCACAAAACUUGGCACAUUCUUCUCUUACUCCUUUCUCAGUUCAAGUGAUUAAUAUCCAAGACUGGUCUUUCAAACCAGAACUCUGGCAUCAAAAGGAACUAAAUGUAAGAAUUCAGAGUGGUUGCAAAGCUGAAAUAGGUGAAAUAGACAGUAUCUUCAGUGUCUCUGAAUCAAAGAAGCUGUAUUUGAAGCAGAGCAUGGCAAAAUCUGCAGAGGUUGCUUUCCUUAAAAUAAUUAUAACUACACAACAAAUCUCAGCAUCAGACUGGUUAAGUUACUACUGAAUAAAGGCUUAUUGUUGUUUUUAUAUUAAAAAAUGUCAUUUGCAGUAGAUAAAUUUGUUUUGUAUUAUGCUAAUUUAUUGCUGGACUUGUGAUGUCUUUUCACUGUAAUGUUCAUAUAAUGUCUGGUGUCUUUUUGUGCACAAAUUAUUAUGGAGACUAGGCUGUUUUAUGAUCAUUAUGCCUUGUUGUCAUGGUUUAGGAAUAGUACUCUCUAAUUUAGUGCUCCCACUGAGACUCUCCGAACCACCAUGGUGCAUGUUCACUCCUCUUUCCUGUCCUUCUCUUCCCCUGUGGCAGCUGGAGAGGGGAACUGGAGGUACAAAAGGUGAAGAUCAUGGUUUGAGAUAAUAACAAUUUACUAGAAACAGCAAUGAGAUAAGAAAAUGAACAGUAACAGUAACAAUAUUACUAACAGCGAUUGCUCCCUCUCUUGGGACUGGCACCCCCCAAAUUGCUCCCUUCAGUUUGGGACCAGAACCAUCCAACCAUUCCAUCUGGCUUGGAACCAGUGUUAGACCACCACUCCAUUCACCAUGCUUGCUUGACCAGAAGAAUCCCCUUCUCCCCAGAAGAGUCCCUUUCCCCUGCCACUGGCAAUAACUUGAGGUGGUAUAGAAUAACCUCCAGGUCAUGGCCAUGCCCUCUUCUGGCUACUGCAAAAAUUAAGCCUGUCCUGGCCAGAACCAGGACACUUUUUUAUAGUCAGGUAACCAGUACAAAUGAUAUAUAUAGUAAACUUAGUUUUAUUUUUCUUCUUCUAAGCUCUGCAAAUAACCAGUUACAAUAAAAUACCGGUGUCAAGCACAAAACAUCUACUCCGGUUCAAUAGUUUUUUAUGAACUUGUAAAUAUGUUGUUAAUUAAAAAAAAGGCUUGCUUCUUACACUGUGUUUAACUUAAAUUAUAUGUUUGGCUUUUACAGCCAAACUUACACUAUUUUAAAUUUCUUUUUUUCUUUAAGACCUCUUUUUAGAAGAGAAUUUAAGUGGAUAUUUACAAAUGAAACAGUAUCCAAUUAAUAGCCCUAACUUUCUUUAAAUAAUUUCUUAGUAUAAAUUAAACAAAAGCCACACAAAUUCUAACAGUAAUUGUAAUAUCAAGGAAGUUUUUCUCCUGUCUCAAAUGAGUGUGUUGGGUUUCCUGAAUGGCUUACUAUAACAAACUUUUUCAUUAUUACAGUUUUUUGGUUUAUAUGAAAUCAAUUAUAUUGGACUUGUGCAUCUUCAAGUUUUAAGAGUCCUGAACUAAUUGGACAAUGUCAUCUUUGCCAAGGGUUCUGCUUAUGUCUGUCCAGGCAUGGAAAGGAUGGUCAAAGGCUGAUGAAUCUGUAAACUCUGAGCUUAACUUGGCAAAAUCUAUAUAAGGACAGACAAUAGUAAGUAGCAGCAUUAGAGAUGAUAAUCUGCUAUUUCAGCUCUGUGGUGCAUAACAGAAUUGUAAGUAUGAAAUAAGGCUUACAGCCAAUAUGGUUUUUGGUUUUAAUGGUCUAGUUAACUGAACUGGAAUACCCUAGCUGACUACAAGGCAUUUUGCCAGAAAUUUUUAUAUAUAAAACAGAAUACGUGGAGAACAAUCCAGAUAGUACUAGCCUCUUAAAAUUUGCAUAGUCAAGGACUUCUUCAUAUGAUAACUGUACAGAGUUUUAAUGUUCUUAUCUAAGAAGAGCCAUUGAAGCAUGGAGAUUGUAUUGCAUCAUACCCACUUGUCUGGGCUUACCGAAGUCUUUAAUUAAAAAUUAAAAAUCAUUUACAAAUAUAAUGCUAGACGAAGAAUUGUUUGCACCUGAUGGGUUAAUAAAAUGCUUAUUCUUCAAAAACCACUGGCCUAUGGAACUGCACAAUGUUUAUUUUGUAGGAUCAUGUUAAACACUGACCAAGAAGAAGAACCGGAGAGUAAAAAGUCCAAUUAUAUCAACUUUUUACCAGUUCACUCGGUAGUCAAGUAUGACUGGGAUUGCUGACCACCAGGGACCACCAAAGAGACCCUCCAGGACAGAAGAACGCAUGUGCCAAUGGGAGGAAAAAUAUGCUAAUGACUUUGGGGAAAUUACUAUCAUAUGUAUGUUUCUUCUGGGAAAACCUAUGAAUAUGUAUGUAAAAUAUAGUACAUAAACAGGAGCUUUUUCUGUACUCAGCAUGCACGAUAUUUUGGAGGAGCUAUCCCCUUGUGCAUCUGGCCAAAUAAAGAA